UUAGCUCUGGAUAGAUCGAAUCUCGGGCAAAGAAUGACAUUAAUGGGCUAGCGGGGGGUUUGUGUCUGUUUCCGCGACUGGCUUCGCUGUCUCCAACAACAAGAUUCGCCCCAGCCACCCAGCCUCUGAAUUUCAACAAAAAGCAUCUUGACAAGACCUAUGCGCGAAGAAUUUCAUCUGGAUCCAGAAACCACCCAUUUAGACACCACGAGCUGGCCUUUGACCGGAAAUGAGGCACGCGACCUUAUGCCCUGAUAGGAAGGUGAGUGUGCGAUAAUCGUCGGCUCUCCGACGUCAGAUCGUGCUAAACUACCCGGACCCAUGCAGCUAGGAAGCAUGCGGCAGAUCCGGCAUCAUGGUUCCCCCUGCAAGGGAACAUCGACCUAUAUAAGACCCGAGAGGCGCCGUCCCGACAACCGGCGAUGCAUUGUCCUCGGAUUGACCAUUUUCAUCAUGGUGGUGGGAUUGUGGAAGAAGGCUCUUUGGCUCUUGCCAGUCAUUGCCUCGCCAGUGCUUUCGGGCUCGUCUUGCAAGUUCGACCUCUAUAAGCAUCUGGGCAAUUUGUCGCCUUACUUCGUACCGGACAACACUCCCGCUUCUUUGCAAUCAGGGACACCGCCAGGAUGCACCGUUGAAAAAGGCUUCCUCAUCCACAGGCAUGGCAGCCGCAACCCUCUGUCUGACGAGGUUGGCGCCAUCCGAAACUUGUCGUAUUACAUUAAUAACAAUACGGCACUUUUCUCAUCGCCACAGACCGAGCUUCCAGACGAGUAUGCAUUUCUCACCGGCGGCUGGAAUAGCACAUUUACGAUCAAUGAUCUCUCCCCCACUGGCCGACAGCAGUUGUUCGAUCAUGGUGUUGCGAUGAAGCUGAAAUAUCCAGACCUGUACACGGAUGUUGUGCUCGCUGGUGAUCAGGACCGUGUUGUCGAGUCGGCCGUAUGGUUCAUGGACGGCUACUAUGGUCGCUCGGCCAAUUCCACGGCAAAACUGAAUCGUAUUGCUGAGGGCGAGGUGACUGUUUCGUAUAUUACCCCCAUGGAUACGUGUGAAGGUUGGAAGUACAGCUUUGGCGGUGCGUUAGUCUCGAAAUGGGGUGCCGUAUACCUACCACCCAUCACCAAGCGCAUCAACCAUGUGCUAUCUGAAGCCUACCCUGGCGUCAAUUUCACUACCGCACACGUCCAUGGCAUGCUAUACGCGUGCGCGUACGGCACUGCAGUCUAUGGCAUUGACUCCUCUCCGUGGUGCCCGGUAUUCCUUCCCGAGGAAAUACUUAACCAUGAAUACGAGUACGAUCUUCUGAUGCGGGGAGCAUUCGGUUAUGGGCUUCCAAAUGACAUGGGUCCAGUUAUUGGCAGCCUCCUCGUCUCAAACGUUACAACAUUCUUUGAAGACAAAUCUGGCCCGAAUUUGUCGCUGAAUUUUGGCCACGACACGACCAUUGACCUUGGUCUAACCGCGCUGGGGCUUGCAGCGGACACCGAAUAUCCACCGGAGGGGCCCGUAAACGUAACACGCGCCUGGCGAACUGCGAACCAAGUGCCAUUUGCGUCUCAAAUGUUCUGGCGAAGCUUGUCAUGUGGCGAUGAGACGAGGAUACAACUUCUUCUGAACGAAGCCAAUUUUGACCUGAGCCCCACCGGGUGUCAGAGUGAUGAGUACGGAACAUGUAGUUUUGCGGACUUCAUUACAGUCGAAACGGUUCAGGCGGCUUUGAACGUAACACAUGGCGACGAGAGAUGGGAGGCUGCAUGCGCUUUGCAAUCGUAGAGUUGAUGUGUGUACAGAAUAGAAAAUGUAGACAAAGAUCAUUGUUUGUUGAAAUGGACAUAUGAACUAUAACAAA